AUGCCUGCUCGGCGCAAAGUCAUAGACGACGAGGAAGAGUCGACCACAGAAGCACCUCGAACGGACAGCAAGAAGCGCAAGCCGCAUGCACGACGCACUCCUAGCAAAGAGCUUGCAAGUCGACCAAGCCCCCGGAGCAGGAAGCGUGUGAAGACGGACGUGGAGUUGGAAGAAGAGGUCUCUACGACCGUGACUGCAAAACCAAACGGCACAUUAGAGGUCGACGAGGAAGCCGAGAUUACGAUCCAGGCCACCGAGGCACCGUCCAAGACCAGCACCCGCAAACGCAAGACCAAGGCGAAGCCCCCGGCAGAGGCAGACCUGGACGCAGAGCAUGAACAAGGAGGGGACGACGCAGAAGUACAGACCGCCACACCAAAGCCCAAACGCAAGCGGAAAACCAAGGAAGAAAAAGAAGCCGAAGCCAUGCCUUUGGCGGCGCGCACCGUGGGCCUGAAAAUGUACGUGGGCGCCCACACGAGCAUAGCCAAGGGAGUCGAGAACGCGAUCACGAAUUGCGUGCACAUAGGCGGCAACGCGUUCGCGUGCUUCCUGAAAUCGCAGCGCAAGUGGGACAACCCGGCGUUGAAGGACGAGAACAAAGACGCCUUCCGCAAGGCGCUGCUCGAGCACAAGUACGACGGCAUGCAGCAUAUCGUGCCUCACGGGUCGUACCUCGUCAAUCUGGCGACCGAGGACAAGAACGGCGCGAAGCAGUCGUACGCCGCGUUCAUCGACGAUCUGCAUCGCUGCGAGGCCCUGGGCAUACGAUACUACAACUUCCACCCCGGCGGCGCGGGACAGAGCCCUCUCGGCGACGCCAUCACUCGCCUGGCCGACAAUCUCAAUCGCGCCCUGUCCGAGACCGAGACCGUCGUGCCUCUGCUGGAGAACAUGGCGGGCCACGGGACAUUGAUCGGCAACCGCUUCUCCGACCUGCGAGACGUGAUCGCGCAAAUCAGGCCGGAGUUCAAGUCGCGCAUCGGCGUCUGCAUAGACACGUGCCACGCCUUUGCCGCGGGCUACGAUCUGCGUUCUCCAGAGGCAUUCCAGAGGACGAUGGAUGAGUUCGACCAGACGGUCGGCAUCGAAUACCUCAAAGCUCUACAUCUGAACGACUCCAAAAUGCCACUCAACAGCCAUCGAGACCUGCAUCAGAACAUCGGCCUGGGGUUCCUGGGUCUGGGCGCAUUCCACAACGUCAUGAACGAGCCGCGGUUUCAAGGCCUGCCGCUCAUCCUCGAGACACCCUGUGAGAAGCCGGACCCGGACGAUCCCAAGGGCAAGAAAAUGAUUGAAGAUAAAAACAUUUGGGCCACGGAGAUCAAGCUGCUCGAGAGUCUGAUCGGCAUGGACCCCAAGGGCAGCGAGUUCCAGCAGCUAGAAGCCGAGUUGAGUGAGAGAGGCCGGGCAGAGAGGGAGAAGAUGCAGGCGCAGUUUGAGCGGAUCGCAAAGGAGAAAGCAGACAAGGAACGACGGAGGCUCGAGAAAGAGCGGAAGGCCCUUGCAAAGGAGCGAGAACGGGGCCAGAAGAGUUUGAAAGAUAUGUUCGCGGCAAAGGAGGGUAUGAGAGGGAAGAACUCGAAGCAGAACAAUGGGAAGCGGGAGCAAAGUCCAGCAAAGGAGAACACUGGAUUAGGCGACCUGAGUGACCCAGAGUUGGCCGAGCCCGGCGACUCGACAGACUCGCCGUUGACUGACAUGAGCGACCUGAGCGACGAGGAGAAUCGAUGA